AUGGCGAGCAUCGAUAGAUACCGACCGCCUCGCGAGGGCUAUCAGCCUCCCUCGCUGUCUACGAAGCCUGCUGCUGCUGCCGGCCGCCCGUCCAAGUCGCCCUCGAGCCGACGCGAUGUCCCGCCCGCAGUCCCUUCGCCCCCAACGCAUUCCUCGCGCACAUCCUCACUUCCACCACAAUCUCGACGAGGCGCGCCGUCCCCAGCUCAUCACUCGCCGACGAGCGCGUCGCGUUUGCGGGCCAGCCAGUGGUACUUCACCUCAGACGAGGCGCUCAGCUCUCCCAGCAUCGUGGACGGCCUCAUGCCAGCCGACGAGAGGCUGCGGAGGGCAAAGGGUGUCAAUUUCAUCUACCAGGCUGGGGCUAUGAUAGAGUUGCCGCAAACUACGCUCUGGGUUGCUGCUGUCUUCUUCCAUCGCUUCUACAUGCGCUGCAGUAUGGUUGAGGAGAAGGGAGGCAUACACCACUACAACAUCGCAGCGACAGCCCUCUUUCUAGCGAAUAAAACGGAAGAAAACUGCCGGAAGACGAAGGACCUCAUCUACGCGGUGGUCAGAGUGGCGCAGAAGAACCCCAAGCUGAUCGUGGACGAGCAGAGCAAAGAGUACUGGAAGUGGCGGGAUAGCAUUCUCAUGCACGAAGAGAUGAUGUUGGAAAUGUUGACCUUCGACCUGAUGGUGGACAAUCCCUACCAACGACUGUACGAGUGUUUAACUCAACUAGAGAUGCUUCACCACAGACCGAUCCGAGAUGCGGCUUGGGCAUACUGCUGUGAUUCGGCCUUGACGGUGCUGCCGCUCCUCAUGAACGCGAAGGAGGUCGCCAUCAGCGCUAUAUACUUCGCAACGGUCUCGCUUGGCGAGAAGAUCGAAGAUGACAAGGACGGAGAGGCCUGGUGGCGGGUGUUGAACGGGGACGAGUCACUCUUACAAUCGGCCAUCAGCGUGGUGAUGGACUUCUAUUCAGAAAACCCUCUCCGGAAGUCAGACUCGCGAUACCAGGGCUCACCGGCCUUCAGCCUCGAGAACACUAGAAGGGGACGUGACUUCCCAAGUCAGACUGAAGGCGGAUCCAGCCAGAACGGCACACCGAUGGACACAGACCGUGGCGGAACGCAGAGCCCACGAGCACGGAACCAAGGCAGGGCGGACCGCGACGACGACGACAAUGGCAGGGCUGACAGCAAGAGGGAAGUCGAUGACGGCAACGGCUUGAGAUCGCCAGGAGUGAAACGAAGAAGUCCAGAGGCAGAUCUGGACGAGAGCCCGGUAGAUAGAGACCAGAAGCGAGCGCGGUUGUCUGAUGAGGACGAAGGUGAAGUACGGGAAUCGUCGUAA